GACUCUGACACGGAAGCACUGACUGACAGCACUCGGGAGGAUAGUGGGCGUGUAGAUACCAAGCGAGAAGCCGAGCGAGAGAAGGCUAAGGCGAAGGUGGACGACCGCACACGCGAACGGGAGAAAGCCUGGGACAGUGAGGGAGAGCCGGCACGAGACACAGACAGAGAGAAAACGGACAAGGAGAGAGAUGGGAUGACGGCCGAAGUUCGGGACAUGGAGAGAGAAGAGAACAUGGAGAAGGAGAGGGAGACGGAUA